GUGUUCCACUGAAGUCGCUCCGACGAAGACCAUCAGUAAUGUUCCGUUUUCCGGUUUCGACUGCACAAGAAAAGUAAAAAGUUUGAGUGGUGUGAUAUAAAACAAUGGACUCAGGUGAUUCUAAAGAUGUAUCUAACAGGAGGAGAAGCGCCAGACAGGCAUCCAAGACAGGUUUGUAUAGUGAGGAGCUUAAGCCCAGACCUCCACUAAAAAGAUCCCGGAAAAUGAGGGAAGAUGAUGAGGCAUCCAGAGCUUUCAAUGGAUCCAAGGAGCCCAAGAGUCUCACUAAGGACGAUGAUGAUGAAUCCCCUGUCAAGAUUCUAAAGCUUGAAGAGAAGACGAGGAGUAUAAACGUGAAAUGUGAUGAAUUAAAUCAAACAGAUCAAGCAGAUGUGGAGAUGAGUGAGAUUAAUCAGGAAAAAAUGGAUCAAGAAAACUCAGAUAUGGACAUGGAGUAUGACCACAAGUCCAGUUUGAAAGGUUCCUCAGACCAGCCUGGGACAGAAAAAGUGUAUCCUGGCUCUCUAUUGGAAGAAAAUCUGGAAAGUGAGGUGUUGCAGAGCAGUCAAAUGUCUAUUCAUCUAAAGAAUGAAGAAAAUUACAGACCAGUCACGAAAUCUGGAGGUGAAUCUGGAGAUCCCUCUAGUUUGGGCGCUGUUCCAUUGGAAAUUCACCGAGAUGCUUAUAGAUUGAGAAAUAGGAAUAACAAGAACUAUCAGAAUCCCAUAACAGAGAAACCCAAAAGUUAUGUUCGUACUAAAGAUCCCUCUGUUCUUGAUAAUUGGAAAAGAUACCCAGCAACUGAACCCCAGAAGAGUAACAUCUACCAAACAUUUAAAUAUCCCAUCACUGUUCAAACCGCGAAUCACAAAAACACAGAAAUUAAGAAUUUGCAGAAACCAGUCACCUCAAAAGCAAGUCCACCCUCCACCCCUAAAGUCUGGACGUCGUAUGUGUGCAGGCUUCUUCUGUGGUCUCUGAUACUGACAGGAAUACUGGGUUUGGGCUUUUUGGUUUAUCAAAAGUUCUUACACUCAUUGCCUCAAAAUGAUGUGGUCAAUCCUAAAACAGUAGAUACAUUUGAUCUGAAGUUAACAGCUCUAGAGGCUCUUUUUCCCAGUCAGCGCUCAGUGUUCUGGAAGAGGAGUAGGAAACAUCUUAAAAAUCACCUGGAGAUGGUCAACCCUUCUGAACCAGUCAGUGUAAUUCUGACUGCUGGUCUUCAGGCUGAAAGGACGUUGGGCUGCCUUGCUCGAAAUUUAGCCAUGGCGUACUCCGCUACCCAUAAUGCUUCGAUUUUAGAAAUCCAAGGGACCACCAAAAGCACACAAGACAGUAAGCAGGUCAAGCUGGACAUUGAUGAAGCGCUGAGGGAAGCAUUUGAAGGUGAUAAACCUGCAGCUGUUGUGCACCGUUUUGAGGAGCUCCCUCCUGGAUCUACGCUUAUAUUCUAUCGCUAUUGUGACCACGAGAAUGCUGCUUACAAGAAGGUUUUCCUAGUCUUCACCGUGAUGCUUUCAGUGGAUGAAAUAGCCCCGAUGACCAGUCUAAGUGCAGUGGAGGACAUGGUAUAUGAGCAGAUAAAACAGAAGUUUGUCAUCUCAAACAAAUCCACUAUGUUUGAUCAAAUGGAUGUGGAUAAACUGAGUGGACUGUGGAGCAGAAUUUCUCACGUCAUCCUGCCAGUGGCUGCAGAAGGGAAAAUUGAACAGCAGGGCUGUGAGGCAUAACCCUAUGGAAAAUCAUAAGAAUGCAUCACUCUGUUGGGCUGGAUAAGUCAUUUUGUAGUUUUGAGUUAAACUGGUCUAGUUCAUGGAUGUGCGGACCACAUUAAUGUACAUAGAGGAUCUUUAUUCCAAAGAGGUUUUUAAAAUGUAUCUGUUCAUAAAUGUUUUAUACAAAUGGUUUUGUAUUUGCUUACAUUUGGGUUCUUUGUUUCUUUUGAUAAAAUGUGUGUGAAGGCAGACACUUGAUCAUAUAAGAAUGCUAUCUUGAUCAUAAAAGAAUGAUGCAUUUUGAAUUAUAGUAAGCAUUUGGCUUACAAUAUAAAUUCACAAAUUAAUAUUUGUACAUUCCUUCCUUAGGCCAGGUGCGGUUAAUGAUUGAAGCUUUGCACUGAUUUUUGAAGUUAAACUGAAUUGUAAGCUAGGCUCUUCUUGCCAAUCAAAGUUUUGUUUGGGUUUGAUGUUAUAUAUAUACCUGUGUGAGUGUGUGACUAAGAUUAUAAUAAUUAAAAGUGAGUCUAUAUUUCUUA